AUCGAUACUUCCAUCGAAGUUUUUCCACCUCUAAUCUGUGAAGAAAACAAAACUUACAGAUAUGGAGGAAUUAGAAAUAUUCGACCGGUCUUUAAAGGAUUUUGAAUACUUUGCCGACUUUCGAAGAUUCUUGAGCGGCAAGGGCAAAGGUCGAAGGGUGCCUAGAGUUAGAAAAAGGAAAGCACGGUUCAAUCCGCUAACUGAUUUGAAUGAGAACCAGUUUCGCAUUAAAUAUCGGUAUACGAAGGAAAAUUUGCGACGAAUUAUUGAAGUUGUGAGAGAUGAUCUGGAAAUUGAUUAUUACGAGCCGCUGAAGAGGGAGCAGGUGCCAAUAGAUCUGCAAAUUUUAUCCGCAGUCCGGCUGUGGGGUGGAACUGAACACCCUCAGUUGACUGCAAUGGCCCACGGCGUUAGUUUACGUACUUUGGGAAAAAUCACUCGUCGAGUGGCUUCAGUUUUGUCCUCAAAAGCCUCGCGCUACAUCAGAAUGCCGGCUACCCUCUCAGAAAAAGAAAGAAUUAUGUGUUCAUUUCAAGGAGUUGCGAAUAUGCCGCAGGUUAUUGGAGCUUUGCUGCAGACGACUGUGAGAUUUCGACCUGGAAACUCAGCUCUAGAGGAUGUGGACGACGAUAUUCCAUCUAACACAAACGAACAUCUUCACCUUCAAAUAGUUUGCGAUUCAGCGCACAAGGUACGGGAUCUGGAUGUCCGAUUACUCGAGGAAAGCUCGUUGGGCUCAGACAUGGAAAUGUUCGCACAGUCCAAAAUAAAGGACCGCUUUGAACAGAACGAGUUUCGUGGCCGAAUCCUUUUGGGAAACGAAAUGGUUCGGUGCUCCUCGUCGCUAUUUACUCCUGUUCAAUUUCCAAGAACGCAAUCCGAGGAGCUCUAUAACCACUCCCAUUCCGUCACAUAUGCCUCGGCACGGAAAUGCCUCAACUUACUCAUAAAUCGGUUCGGUAUCCUUGGAACGGAAAUAAUUGGAUCUCAUGGCGCCGCCAAGCAAACCAUCACGGCGCUCUCCAUUCUUCACAAUAUGGCAAUGGAGUGGACUGAUCCCAGUAUAGACAUGGAACUGAAUAUUUCUCCAUUAAAAUCAUAUUUCUUCAAUCCCUUCAAUUUGGAAUUCAAAAAGGGAGAGGAUAGUAACAGAACACAAUUUAUUAAGACCCAUUUUGAAAAUAAAUAAAGAAAGUUAAAGAAAAUA